AUGCUGGCGACCAGAACUAUUUGUCUGAUUUUACUUGCAUUCUGUGCUGGACAUGUUGAUGGUGCUAAGAUCAUGUUCUACAAUGGCGCCAGAAUUGCGCAUUCUCAUAUGUUGUUUAUGGGGAAAAUUGCGGAUAUUCUGCACGAUGCCGGGCAUAACGUGGUAAGUAGAAUACAAGGUGAUUCAUGUCUGGAUUCUCUUGACCUUGUUUUGUCAAUUACUUGGAUUGUCUUGAACAAAAUUUAUACAAAAUAUUACAUACUACACCCCGACUCUGACACGUUCUGAUUACUAUUUACUCAGAUCGCUAAGCAGCCGCUGAGGAUAUGUGCGGUUCGAUUGUUUGGGGGACCUCAAAACAGGUCUUUCUGACUUUUUUGAUUCCAAAUACCACAGUUUUUACGCUCGCGAAUUGAAUCCUUGUCGAAACGUUGGCAACACGGAGUGGUUACCGAUUGUGGAUACUAUCCUUGGCUUCCGGUGAUAGUGGUUAAAAUAAAUUUGUUUGAAAAAAAAACAAAAAAGGGGGAAGACUUUUGUUCCAACCUAAAACAUAUAUUCUUUGUGCCCAGCAGAUACGAUUUUUUAUCAAUCCAAUUUUUACGAUUAGAAGCCCUGCGGCAAACUCAAAUUAUUUGUUUUCCUCGUACACACCGAAUCAAGAAAAUUGGAUGUUUUUGAAAUGAAAACUAGAUGGGUUUUGGAAGACUCUAUGGGGUUUAAUAAAGGUGGCACACCUAGAAAAUUCGUCACCCAACCGAUUCCACGGACACGUUGAUUACAAAACUGGGUCUUUCACUUCCAAAGUUAUUGGUAAAAUAUAUUGGCAAAACUUUUUUGACUAAAUGCCCAAGUAUAUACCCAACAAAGAUUGAGUCAGCAGCUUGAAAAUUUAUAACAUCAGUCUGUUGAAAAAAUAAUGUGGAUUUGUCGCAUCAAAAUCUCUGAUCAGUCGUGUACCAAAAAAAGCGGUAAUGGGCGAUUCCAAAGCUUAACAAAUCCACAUUAUUCUCACGACACACUAAUAUUUAAAACAGCUAACUUAUCAUCAUUUUUAGACAUUCUACCAGCAAGAGACCUUCAAGAGUGUCAAUGUCGUUGGCGUUCGCAAAGCCAAAGCGAUCGUUCGGCCGGCCGCUGAGGAUAUGGGCGAAGAACCGCAUCAUGACGUCUGGCAUCCGGACAAAGGGCUUGUGGCAAAUCUGGAGGUAAACUGGAAAGCCGUAUAAAGGUUCUAAAAAUUUUUUCAGAUGUUCAAAGUGUAUGCCAAUGCACUUUACAAGGCCUGUGAAUGUAAGGGCUUAUUUAAAAUAUUGUAGCUUAACUUUUUUCUUUAGCUCAAUUACUUGACAAGGAUCACAUUGAGCGGAUAAGGUCGGAAAAAUACGACAUGGCAAUACUCGAAUAUUUUGAUGUCUGCGGAUUGGCGAUCACUGAAAUGGCCGGCAUCAAAAAGUUCAUCACGACUUCUGCGUUGAUGGAGCAAAACGAAAUGCUAAAGGCGCUAGGACAUCCACUCAAUCUAGCGUUUGUUCCGAGUAAGUUUAGGUAUGGUCUGUCGAGAAAAUGAUGAGUUUGAUGUGGCAUCGAAAAUCGUAGCUUUGCACGUAAAACUGAGAUAAGCUAAAAGGAUCCGGUGAAUGGAUUGGCAUUUUGCCACAAAAAGAUGCAAAAAAACUUUUCGUUGCGAAAGAAAUGGGGAAUUUUUGGAGCGAGAGAGUACCUUUUUGCGCGUCUUUUCUCUGACUUCUCUGUAAAAUCAAAACGAAGUGUAAAAAACCGAUAGCGAAGGGUCUAUUCCGGUCAUCGGGCUGCUCAGUUUGUCGUUAAGAAAGUUGUAACAUUUUAAUUGAUACUGGCUAAGCGAAUCAGGCACUAACUGGGUUGCCUUGCGACGCAAUCGAAAAAACCGCAUGUUAAGCGUAUGCAAUUUUAAAAAGCAUGCAGCAGUACAAAGAUACUAUUAUUUGUCACUUGAAGGUAUGGGUGUUGAACACGGCUCUAGACUGACCUACUCCCAACGAGCACAGGCCCUCAUCGGGCAUCCAAUCAAGAUUAUGAUCUAUCGGCUAAUGUUUGGAGGCAUCCAUGCACUCAUUGACGAAAAGUUCGGAAGGCACUUUGAUUACGAGGGAACGCUAGCCAGAAGCUCAUACGUCCUAAUCAACGUCGACGAACAUCUGACUUUUCAGAUGCCGUUGAGCCGGAAAAUUGUCCACAUUGGUGGACUUGGACAGGAUGAGCCUCCGAAACCGUUGCCCAAGGUAUGCAAAGCGCUUGUUGGUAUAUGCCAAACUUUUUAUUAUACUAUUACAAAAUUUUUGAUUUUUUAGGACUUCAAAUCAAUCGUUGACAAAUCCAAGAACGGCGUUGUGAUUAUCUCAUUCGGAACGAUUGCGCAAAGCUCCAUAAUGCCUCCGGAGAAAAAGCAGAGCAUCCUGGAUACGGUGAAAAAGUUCUCUCAGUACGAUUUCAUCUGGAAAUACGAGGUCCAAGAUGACGUUGGAAGCAAUCUCACAAAUUUGCAUAAAGCUAAAUGGAUCCCACAAACUGACCUGCUCGGUGAGCAGCGUAAACUAAAUCAAGAUUUUUUUGCAUUUAGCUCAUCCAAAGGUCCUGGCCUUCCUCACUCACGGCGGGUUGAACAGUGUUAGUGAGACGGCUCAUCGAGGAAAGCCAUUCGUUUGUGUUCCAUUGUUUGCCGACCAGAACACCAAUUGUUUCGCUGGAGAGGAGAAAGGCAUCGGAUUGGUCGUGUUGAAGGAUAAGAUGGCUGCAGACUUGUUGAUAAAUGCGUUGGAUCAGGUGUUGCAUAAUCCGAAGUAGGUUUUAUAUUAUAUUUUUGUAAAGGAUUGAAACCCUCGGCAUUGAAUCGCCUUCAAAUCUUGACUGGGCUAUGCAGAACAUUUCUGAAGUUUUUAAAAAACUAGCUGAUAAGUAAUCGAACUUUGUCACCAAACACCAAGAACUCAAGUUUCAAUUUUAGAAAGUUACAAUCAUCAUUUUUUUCUUUGAAAAAAACUCAAAACCCCUCAUCUCCUGCAUUUUUCCUAUCAGUUUUAAGUUUUUCAACGUAUUAGUCAUGCUAAUCGCUCUUUAAAGAUUUAAACUCCGCGCCCAACAUUUGGCAGGGAUGAUGUCGGCGAAGCCCUUCCAACCUCGCGACAGAAUUGUCGGCUACGUCAACCAUGCGCUAAGGUUCGAUGUCCACAGUACGCUAGACUUGCCCUCCCGACAUCUGACCUUUGUCCAGUACCAUUUCAUUGACGUCAUUGCACCACUCCUCCUGUCGGCGACGAUAAUUCUCUUUGCUUGGCUCAAAUUUCUAGUGUUCGUUUAUCGAAGGGUCUGCGGCUCGAGGAAAAUAAAGAAUGAGUAAUUUCAAUCGACGGCGAGAGUUGAUAACAGCGUCAAAAAUAGGGGCUGAUACUGGAGCAAGUUCAGGAAUUCAGGAAUGCUGAUUUGUAGUUUCUAGGCCGGGUUGUUAGCCAUUGCAAAGUGGUCUUAUCAUUGUUCGGUCACAGGCGUCACACCGGCCUAUAUAACGAAACACAGAGCAAAUUAAAAACGGCUUAAAUCUGCAAGCCUCACGGAAAAAAUUCGGUCGGAAUCAAAAAAAAUGAUAGUCGCGUUCCUUGGGUUUUUCGCCUUGGUUACUGUAGCCAAUUCGGAAAACAUUUUGGUCCUAAACUCUGCCAGAACCUCACAUUCGCAUACCGCUUUUCUAGGCAAGAUUGCUGAUGUAUUGGCGGAUGCCGGACAUAACGUUGUAAGUGAGAAGCGAGCUGGCUUUUUUGUCGGUAUUUAUUUUUAUCCUAUUGUAUUCAGACGUUCUUUCAACAAGCCACUUGCCAAGGAAUUGGCAGAAUCGAAACCAAGAAGGCGAUGGUUAUUGAGCGGCCAUGUGUUGACGGAAAAUGCGACGAGAUCCCUGAGGUCAACUUGUGGAAAUCAGCGUUGACUGCGGCUGAAGAUUACAAGGUAAGUGUGUUACCAGCUGGCUGCAAUGUCAGGAAAGGCCAAUUGAUCCGGCAUGGUGAAGUGGAACAGCGAUCUUUUUAACAAUGAAGUGCUCCAAGUGCGACCCUUAGACUUUGAUAAGACUUGUCACAAAUUUAGAGAGCUUUUUUGCAAGGCAUAUGACAGACUUGUAGCUUGCGCUUUGCAGAAACAAUCGAGAUUUUUAGGUGAAAAUUUUGAAAAAACGUAUUAUUUUUUUGCGAAUUUUGGCAAGAAAAGUUUAAGCAUAUUUUUACGGUAGAGGGCAAUGUUUUCAAAAAAUGUCACUUUUCGCGCAAAACUGACAAUACCUUUUCCGGCCGCAAAUGUCGUUGGAUACUUCGAUUGCCGCUGCAAAGCGCGAGCUAAAAUUUUCAGGUAAAUUUUAUAAAAAAAUAGGGCUAUGUCCAAAGAGUAUCUUUUUAAACUUCAAGAAAAUUUGAGCCUUGUUCUUCGGUACUUCCUUUUUAAAUAUGGCUUUAUGCUGAUGCCACUUAUACAAACCUCAUUUCCAAUCUUUUAGAUGUUCGGUCUAUUCACAAGAUUGAUGGCAAAGAGUUGUAAAUGUAAGCUUAUCGUGUUUCUUUUACCCCAAGCCUUCUAGCGCAACUACAAGAUGAGAAAUUCAUCGAUUCGAUACGUUCGGCAAAUUACAAAAUAGCAAUCAUGGAAUACUUCGACUUCUGUGGCUAUGCGAUUGCGGAGAAAGCUGGAAUCAAAAAGUUCAUUGCUGCCACCGCAACAUUCCCUCAGCAUUUGGCACUGCGGCUGUUUGGGCAUCCCGUCAACCUUGGUUUUGUACCGGGUAAGAGAAUCGACGUAAAACUAAUGUUUUUUAGGCAUCAGCGAGAACCACGGAAGCAAACUGAGCUAUUUACAACGAGUCAAGGCGUUGCUUACCUAUCCUCUGAAGGUGUAUUUGCAAGAAAACUUUGGAAGGCCAGCUCUCGAAGUAAUAAGAGAGGUGUACAGAAAAGAUUUUGACGCCUACGACGUUGUGCACAAGAGCUCCUACUUCUUUGUGAACGCGGACGAACAAUUUGCUUUUCAACAACCGCUCAGCGAAAAAUUCGUUUUCGUUGGGGGAAUUGGGGAAACCACGGAAGUAAAAAAGUUACCAGAGGUAGGAAGACCGGAGAUUUUAUUGUUCAACUUUCUAAAACUUAUCAAAAAAAUACAGUGAGGGACCUGAUCCAGUGGCAAAACACGUACCAUUCAGCAUCCCGGAAGUAUGAGAAAAUCUAGCAAAAUGGCGGGCGCACACUUGCGGGCAACCAGUUUGCGGGCAAAUUUUUUGCGGGCAGCCACUUUGCGGGCAGCCGACAUUUGCGGCCAACACCGGCAUUUGCGGGCAGCCUGGGACAUUUGCGGGCAGGGUCGACAGUUGCGGGCAGCCUGGAACAUUUGCGGGCAGCCGACGUUUGCGGGCAACCGACACCUGAUUGUGAGGGUAACAGGGUGGACGUGGAAAAAUUACUAUGAUAUUAUAUUUUGGAAAUUUGCCGACAUUUGCGGGCAGCCGACUUUUGCGGGCAACCGGCAAUUGUGGAUAGCAAGGUGGAGGUGGAAAAAUUACUGCGAUAUUUUGGAAGUUUACCGACAUUUGCGUGCAGGCAAUACUUGCGGGAAGCCGACAUUUGCGGGCAACAGUUCCAAAAGUACCAAUACAGUCUGUGUGAUUGUUUUUUCCUGUUGCCCGCAAAUGUCGGUGGCCCGCAAAUGUCCAAGACUGCCCGCAAGUGUCUCAGCUGCCCGCAAAUGUUUCGGCUGCCCGCAAAUGUGACCCCCCAAAUUUUGCCCGCAAAGUGGUUGCCCGCAAAAAAUUUGCCCGCAAACUGGUUGCCCGCAAAGUGGUUGCCCGCAAGUGUCGCGACGCCUAGCUAAAAAAACCCUCUUUUUGAAAAGCGCGCCCUUUCCUUCACAAAAAGAGCGCGCGGGCCUUUGAAAUCGGAGCUUUUUCACUUGCAGAGAGAGGUGUUUUGCUACAUUUUUUCGACACUUCCCGGAUGCAAAGUGGUACGUUUUUUGCCAUUGGAUCAGGUCCGCCACUGUAUCAUUUUAGGAGUUUUCACUCGUCUUCGAAAAGCCCAGUCGUGGAGUGGUCUUUAUUUCAUUUGGAACUACAUCCAAAAGCUCCAUGAUGUCAGAAGAGCUCAAGUUGGAGAUUGUUAGAACAGCCAAAAGUCUUCCAGAGUACGAGUUCAUUUGGAAGUACGAAAUUGACGACACAAUCGGGCAAAACGUCUCGAAUUUGCAUAAAUUCAAAUGGGUCCCUCAAGCGGACUUGUUGGGUAAUUUUUGCUGAUAUUUUGAACACCCUUAUCGGCCAUUUUGAAUGAAAAACGAAAUACUUUUUUUUUUGAAUUUGAAAAUUUUUAGGACAUCCUCAAAUCCGUGCCUUCGUUUCUCACGGAGGAUUGAACAGUGUUUCGGAGACGAUCCGCAAAGGAAAGCCGUUUAUUUGUAUUCCGUUAUUUGGUGAUCAGUCCAACAACUGCUAUGCAGCAAAAGAGAAAGGGUUGGCCAUUAUUUUGCAUCGCCAUGAACUGAAUCAUCAAAAUCUGGUCAAAUCGUUGAAUGAAAUCCUGACGGAUGAAAGGUAGACCAUUUUCUUAGAAGUUGUUGCCUACAAACUCCUAGGCAUCGUUCGCAAGUGAAAAGAGAGAGUAUUCGAAGUACGACGGUCAUAUUUUUAUGAAGCUAUUCACAAAUUUAGAUCAGUUUUUUCUAAGACAUAGCAAGCAAACUCGCGCUUCGCAGAAAAGACGAAGAGUUUUACAAUUAGAUCGAAAGUCGACAAAAAUUAGGCACUUUUUUGUCAUGAAAACUGUCAUGCCUAUGUCUUAUUUAGAGGGUAAGGUAAUGAUUCUCAAAAAUUACUUUUUUUGGCGUAAUCUAGAAUGAGCAAAGUUAUAAGAAAACCUUAUUCUCUCCGUGCUCUUCGCGCUUUGAGUAGUAUCUCGACUGCAAAGAUCUUUGAAGUUCUCUGGUGCCCCUAAAAAGCGCAAACUAAAACUUUGACAAAUUGAUAUGUGGCCUAUGCCCAACAUGUAUGCAAAUUUUAAGGGAAAUCUGGGGACCCCUUGUGUCUGAUUGUUUUUCAAGCCCUCUAAGAUUCUUUGUUUUGGACAGGCUUCGCUGAAAAAUGAUUGUUAUGAAGAUCUCCAUUUCGAUUGAAAAAAGCAACCAAUAAUUGUCAUCUUUUCAGUUACCAAGAACGAAUCCAAGAAUUCUCCAAGAUGAUUGCUUCCAAGCCGAUUUCGUCCAACGAGCGAGUUGUGAAGCACACUGAAUAUGCGAUAAAGUUUAACCUCUCGCAAGUCUUUGACCUUCCAUGUCGAAGCUUAUCAACGAUUCAGUAUUACUUCAUUGAUGUUUUAAUUCCUGUUGCUAUUUUUGUCUUUGCAAGUUUGUACAUUUCAACUUGGCUAAUCAGAAAAUUAGUCUUGAGCAUGAGAAGUGUUGAAAAGCAUAAUAAGAAUGAGUAA